CAGUAAACUAGAAAACACCUCCGUUUGGGGAAAACAUAAUAAUAAAAGUAUCGAAAACAAUGUACUCUUCAUCUUCUCUAUCAAAACGCCUCUUUUUGGUCACUAUUUUGGCCGUGGUAGCCACACAACUGUUCCUUAUGCGCACCGUUUCGUCCUUGAACAUGACCAAUGCGUAUCUGCACCACAAAUGUCUAGUCAGUCAAGGGAAAUACAAGCCGGGAAGUUUGCACGACAUAAACUAUAAUAAGAUCAUCAAAAGCUUGUCGAAUGAUACAUAUGCUUUUCGUACUGGUUACAGCAUGACGGCCUUGGGUGAGCAAUCUGAUUUGGCCUCCGUAACAUUCCAGUGCCGUGGCGACUCUUACGGGAACAAAUGCCGUUCCUGCUUUGCUACCGCCCAAUCUGAGCUUCGUAAGAAAUGUCCGAGAGACAAGGGGGCAAUAAUAUGGUACGAUCAAUGUUUUGUCGAGUUUUCUUCGUUCGAUACUACAGGGCAGAUCAAUUACGAUGAUGGUUUCUGUAUGACGAGCGCGAAGAAUGUGAGCGGCGAUCGGAUUUCUUUUGAGAAGACGUUUUUGGUCCUCGUUGGCGAAAUGACACAAGUAGCCGUCACUAAAAAACAAAAAAUUAUAAAAAAUUACGACAAGCCGGCGAUGUAUGCGGCAGGAGAGAAGAGGCUUGGGAAGAAGAAGCUAUACGUAAUGGUGCAGUGUAUGGUUGACUUAAAUGAAAAGGGUUGUAGGGAGUGUUUGUCACAUAUGGUCGUGCAUUAUCAAGAUUGCUAUAGAGAUAAACAAGGAGCAAGAGUUUUUGGUGGAAGCUGUAGCUUUAGGUUUGAGCUUUACCCUUUUGUUAACCCCAAGACCAGUCCUAAUUAAUCAAAG